UUGACUCUGAUAUGGCUAUACGUGAUAUGGAAGGGCGAGCGAGGAGUGUUCAAAGAUCACAUCUCAGACUGCCAUUGGGACAAGUGGGAAGAAUGGCCUCACGAUGCGGCGCCGCAUCACCUGGUCUUUGUCGCCGAUCCGCAGUUGGUCGAUCCGCAUACGUAUCCAGGCAGGCCGUGGCCACUGAGUAGCUUGACCGAAUCAUACACGGACAUGUACAUGAGUCGCAACUUCCGCCUGAUCAACGAGAAGCUGGACCCAGACAGCAUAGUGUUUCUUGGCGAUUUGUUCGAUGGCGGUCGGGAAUGGGCUACGGAAAGAGCGAGGAAUUUGAAUAGCACUGAGCGCCACCAAUGGAAGAUGAGACAGUGGAAUUCGGAGUAUGAUCGGUUCACCCCUAACGUAACCACACAGCAUUAUGCCGUCGGCGGCACGAAGGCGCGAACGGUCAAAAUGAAUGUGCCAGGAAAUCACGAUCUUGGAAUCGGUGCAAAAGUACAAGUCACUGUACGGGAUCGAUUCGAAACUCGGUUUGGCGAGGCGAACAGCGUGUAUGUCAUCGGCAAUCACACGUUUGUAAGCUUGGACACACCUUCGCUUGCAGCGUAUGACGAGUUUGUACAGGGCGGCAGCGUUACUGAAGAGCGGCGACAACAGUAUCGCGACAUCUGGAAGCCCGCGGAUGAGUUCCUGGACACGUUAGAGGUGACUGGGCCAAAAGCCGUGCGGAAUACCUUGAAUCACUUCUACCCAGGAACAUAUCCAUCCCGAGGACAUUAUCAUACCGUACAUGACCCGAAAGACAAGGUGGAUGACCGACCCAAGGAGAAGGUCGAAAAGCCUCGGCUGCCCAUCAUUCUGCUCUCUCAUAUUCCCUUCUUUCGCAACCCAGACGUGGAUUGUGGGAAAUGGCGCGAACGUGGGAAAGCGAUUCCACUAUCUGCCGGAUACCAAUACCAGAACACGCUCACGCCAGCGCUCUCAAACAUGAUCGCAAAGAAGGUAUCCAGAAUCGGCGACAUUGAGCACAUCUUCUCAGGUGACGAUCACGACUACUGCGACAUUUCUCACCGAUUCAACAUCGGACGCUGGAGCGAGAACAGCCAAAAAGAGAGUGUCGUGAUGCGUGCAGUUCGCGAGAUCACCGUAAAGAGUUUCAGCUGGGCGAUGGGUGUUCGCAAGCCUGGUUUUCUGCUCCUCAGCCUAUGGAACCCUGUUGACGAAAAAGGCAAAACGAUCGGCACGCCUCUGCCUACGAUCAAGUCGCAACUGUGCCUCCUUCCGGACCAGCUGAGCAUAUUCAUCAACUAUGCAAGGCUGCUUGCCUUCACGAUAAUUGUCUUAUUGGUUCGUGCUGUUGUGAUC